AUGUCUCUUUGUGUCCAACUUCCCGGAUACGACGAAGUGAAAUCAUUCCAGCUACUCAGAAUUUGUAAUGAUUUGCUUUCUACGCAAGCUAUUCCUGUUGACCGCCUUACAACCAUUAUCAAUGAAGAUUUUCUUUCCACGAAUUUCUUGAACGAUGUACUCAACAUUUUGGACAAUCUCGAGCCAACAGAAAAGAACCUGACUUCACGUCAAUCAUUCUUGUUACGGUUCUUAAAUGUGAUUGAGAACGGUUCAGAAGUUCAACUGUUCCUUUACGAUAAAAUAUUCCAACCCGCAGAACCAUUGCCUUUUACAACGGCCGUCAUUCUUCAUAUCUUGUCUGCGGAAGUUAUGGAAAGUGAUAACAUAUUCCUAUUACUUGUGCAAAGUCCUACGGAUGCAUUCGCAAAAUCCAGACGCCUAGAAGCUAUUAACAGCCGAUUGAAGAUGCAUGAUCCGAAUUCCCAAAUGAUAACACUUUGUUGUGACAUCAUUCAGCAGAAUUUCUUUAACGAAGUAGACUUCCAAGUACUUUCUAGACUCUUCCAUACUGCGUCUCAGGCAAUACGUGGAACAAUGCCAGAACCAUUGCAACGUUUAUGCUCUGUUGCGCUUUUGAAACAAUUUGUUCAGGAGUUUUGGGAAUCUGCUGGUUUAGAUAAGCCAACCGUUCAGCAAAUUGGGCUUAAUUUUAUGCUGACAGACGACACCAAAACGCUUAUGGAUGACCUGAAUAACACUAUGGAACUCAAUCAUCCACAAAUUCAUUCGCUAAAAGUUUAUUUCUUGAAAAAUCUUCGGUCUCGCGGCUUUACCAUUGACGACCUCAAGAAAUUCUGCAUAGUCCAGAAGGGUUUGCUACCUUGGCUGGCAGAUCUGCCGUGGGAUUACGUUAAUCAGGAGGCCAGUCGAAUUCCGUUCAACCCCUACGGCUUAGUUCAAGAAUACGGUGAUGCAGGAAAAGCCUAUGCCGCAAUGACAAGAGUGUUAGAAAGGGACCAAUUAGACGCUAUUGUGAAGAAUGCUUUAAAAGCUGAAAGUCUCAAUUCACGCAUUGCCCUUAUUGGUAUUAUCGUCAACCAUCUGUACGGUAUUAGAGCGUCACGCGAAAUGACCCAUAACGAAAAUGAGGCUGCUAAAUUCUUGCAAGACCAAAUUGACAAGAACGAGUUUUCCGCAUCUUAUAAACAUUUGGCCUUAAAUUUAAUUACCAAUAAUCACGCUUUAUUGGCUGUUCGACAACAAACGGACAACGCGGAAUUUAUAAUGCGAUUGGUUCUCGUCCACAUCAUUGCAGUGCACGCGUCGCUGCCAGCAGAAUCUUCGCCAUUGACUUUAUACUUACAAGGGUUACAGGUUGUAAGAGAUCACUUUAUUCUGACAUGUCCUUCUGACGAGGAAACUAUGAUCAUCAAUGCACUAAUUGACGCUGGCAGCGCCAUUUCUCGAUAUCAAUGUAAAUGUGGCUACAAAUAUUUUGUCGCAGAUUGUGGAAACGUCGUAAUGGCGCUACGAUGCCCGGAUUGUGCUGCUGAUCUGGGCGGUCAUCAAUACGGCGUACCAGCUGCUGGUCAGCAGAGGUUGGAUGAUAAACCAAUCUUGCAUAAUGUCGGCAAUAAAGACAAACCAGGUUAUAUCGUCGAGGAUGUGAUGGAAGACGCUCGGCGAAACGUUCGCGCUCUCACGUCAGCAGCAUAUCGAAUUUUGCAUCUUUUCGUGCACGCUUUGAUUGGUGUGUCAGCUCCUUCACCAAACGUCAAUGCCUUCUUGAAUGCCAAUGGAAACCCAAUAAACGAUCCGAUCGCUUACUGUCGUAAUCAUAUAACAAACGACUGGGCCAUUUUAAAGACUCUCCUUGCAUGUGACGAUGAAACUUUAGCUUUAAUAAUACACAGUAUACUGUAUUCGAUUAUGGCAGACAAGCCUAAUAUGGACGCACAUAUAAAAACAGCGGAAGCUCGGGACGAGUGGGAGCAAUAUUUCCGUGACAAGUAUGUGACUCCUACUAUCAAGAACGUAGCAGCAACGGCAAUGGACAUACGCACAAAAAUGGAAAGAGCUGAACUAGAGGAGAAACAAAAAGCCGCUCUACUUGAAACAGAGAUAAACGAAACGUUAUUGUUGACGGACGAGUAUUCAAAGAAUCAUCUGCCACGUUUAUGGAGAAAGGUUGUGGAUGUGAAUAGAGAAAGUUUUGCGGCUUAUUUCGCAAAUAAGGAACAAUACAAAGCGGCAUUCCCGUUCAUUAACGUGUUUUUCAAAUACGAAGAGAAGCUGUCUCUAGUUAGACAUCUAUGGCCAAUUGUUAAAUUUACGCAGACAUUAACGAGUCGAUUGACAUAUUGUCUGACACGACGGAAAGCGCAGCAGAUAACCUUCCGCGAUUUUAUCACCAGUGAAGAGCAAAAUGGUGCACACAGAGAUGUG